UUCAAACUGUAAACGACCGCCAUAAGUGAAGGAGGCUUCUCUCUCACGUUAGCUGCGUGGAAAAUUAGCAAAGGGAAAAAAUCGUGCGGAGGAUAAAAACGAAACCCCGAGAGCACACCUCUUUCGUCGCGUCGCGCAGGCAGGUGAAUUUACGUGAUAAAGCAGUGUUUAGUGUUUGCGGUGAAAAAAGGUUUUUUUCCUUUCGUGAAAAGACAGGAAAUUAAGUGCGCGCAGGUUGCUUCGAUUGUCCUCGCCGCGGAAAGUAGAGUCGUCGUCGUCGUCGGCCUCGCAAUGUUCUCGACGUUCGCCACCAAGAAGGAUAUUGAUCGGCACGUCAAAACGUCCCUGUCCAAGCUGCCGGAGCAUGAGAAAUACCAACGCGGGCUGGCCAUCGCCCGGCAGUACCUGAAGCUGAACGAGUUUGCGAGCGCCGAGCACUGGCUGAGCUGCUUCCUGUCGGUGCAGGAGGACAGUGCCCAGGCGCACAAGCUGCUCGGCCACUGCUACGAACGGCAGAAGAAGAUCGAGCGGGCCAUUACGUCGUACCAGCGCUCGCUGCAGCUCGAUUCGAAGCAAACCGGGCUGAUUACGGACGUGUGCAAGUUGCUGCUCUCGGAUGACAACUUCAGCAAGAACCUGUCCAAGGCCAAACACUGGUGCGAUCUGGCCGAAUCGGAGCGCAUCAACCACGAGGCGGUGCUCAACCUGAAGCUGAAGGUCGCCAACAAGGACGCGGCCACCGACAACAAGCUGGUCAAGGAGAUCAUCCUGAAGGAGAUUCUGGCCCGACCGUUGGAUCCGGGGCUGAGAAUACGCCUGGUGCAGCACUUUACCGACGAGAAGAAGCUGGACGAUGCGUUCAAGUAUUGCUACGACAUUGAGAUGAAGUUCACGGAGACGUUCCAACAGUCCGUUGAGUGGGCGAACGCAAUCUCGUCGAUGUUGACCCGUUACGUCGAAGCGAACGCCGCCACGUACCAGUCCAACUGGAACUACUGGCUGCUCGCGGUGAUGACCCUCGAUCGGCAGAUCUACCUUAACCUGCUGGCCGACUCAUCGCUGCAAACCAUCAAGCAGAGCAAUAUCCGCGAAAUCGCCACCCUUCUGUUCGAGCUCGACCAAACGCUGCGCAAGUUCGCCGAAAAGGGUCGCAAUUCCUGUUCGCACAAGCAGCUCGCCGAGGAGUUCCUGCUGCACUACCGCGGCCAACUGUUGCUCCAUUCCGCAUCGCUGCUGUUCAAGAACGAAAAGCAAGGCACGACCAGCAAGGCCCGCGACGUAACUACCAAGUGUUUGCCGUUGCUAUUUCUGGCGUACCAGUGCGGCGUUCCGGACUCGGACGAACCGUGGCUGCGGCACACCAACGACGCCACGCGCCAGCUGGUCGCGUUCUGGAACAAGCAGGCCGCGUUCCGGUGCUGCCAGGCUGGCAGCAGCAUUCUGUCGUGCGUGGACGACAGCGUCGAUGCUUCGGUGAUUGCCCAGAUUCAGAGCGUCACCGAGAGCAAGAUUUGGAACACGGCCGAGGAUUUGGUCAAUCAGGUUCGUCAAUUCUGUGCGGACAUCAACUGGAAGAAGAGCAUCUUCCGCGCGCUGUACAGCAACAACGGGGACCAGAUUUCCAAGAUGUCUUCGUCGUACUUUAUGCAGAACGCUUCGAUCGGCGAGCCGCAGUACGAGCUGCCCAAGCGAGAGCACAUUCAGAUGUAUCUGGAGAUUGCCCAGUAUCUGUGCCCGUCGUCGCUGCCCUACCAAAUCUACCUGGGGCUGGGCGUGGACGAUUUGGCUGAACUGCGGUGCAAGUCGUUCAACGGGUUGAACUUUUCCACCAACAACCUGGACAACUGCAACGUGGAAACGCUCAACCAGCUGGACGUGGACUCGUUUCUGUACUGUGCGAUUUUGGUGGCCAAAAGUUGCCUGGAAGGCGAGCGCAAGUACCAGGACAAGAUGAACAGCGGCAAGCCGCGGAUUCUGCCGGCGCCGAACAUGGUUCCGACGUUGUGCGAGGAGAACAAGGCGGACUGGUGGAAUGCCGCUUGUGCCGUGUUCAAAAACACCAAGUCGGCCAACUUUUCCUCGAACAAGCAGCUGCUGCAGCACGGAUUGCAGGCGGUUCGCGGAACCGGCACUCCAAUUACGGACGUGAUUGUACUGCUCAAGUUGGGUAAGAUCCUAGCCAAGCGGAUCAACAACACAACGCUGCCGGAGGAGCGGCGCCAGCUGGAGUUGCGAACGGAAAGCGUGUACAAGGCGGGCGUGCUGCUGUGGAAGAUGCGCAACGAGAGUUCGUUCAACAGCAGCAACAUCUUUUUCAAGUACGGCGUUGAUUCGUUCGAGUGCAGUCAGGAGGCGGUUAAGCUCGCGGAGGACGCGCUGACCUAUCUGGCCGGGGUGUACUUCAAGCACGGUCGGUACGAAGAGUUCACGCAGGACUUUGGCGGCAUUCCGCUGCCAUUUGCGGCGUAUUUCCGCGCGGAGGCAUUCAAGAAGCUGGACGAAUCGAGCAAGACCCCACUCAAGACGAAGAAGUUCUACAGCGAACGGGCGCGCGACUGUAUCAAGCAGACGCAAAAGUACCUGGAGUUGCCGUACAUUGAGAAGAGUCAUCCGCUGCAUUACGUCGUCCACAGCGAGAUCAAACGCAUCCAGUUCAACGAUUCGAUGGACGGCGGCGGUGGCAGCAAUUUGAACAGCUCGCUGAACGGGUUCGGCAACAGCGGAGCCGAUGACAGCGAUCACUUCCAGUCGUUCAGUUCGUCGAACAACGCGGACCGGUUGAAUCGAUCGGAACGCGAAGUCGCGGUCAACUACAACGCCAGGACCAACGAGCUGGAAAGCUUGAUUCGCAACAUGAUGGAGGUGCUGACCAUCGUUAAGGAUGAUGUGCUGAACAUUCGCAAUGACGUCGGAGAUAUUCAGGAGAGGCUGGUCAAGAUCGAGGAUCACAUCCACAAGAAACCGGCCGAAGAUGACGCCGCUACGGCCGCUGCGUUGAACGAUUUGUACAUUUUGGACGAACUGCAGAAUCCUUCGUACGUGAAUCAGCCAAACUACAACCAGGCACUGCAGCAACAGCUCACACCCAAUCUACCUGGACGUUUACCACCAAACCAUCCAGCGGCGGCCGUCGCCAUGCAGCAUCCCAAUCCGUACCAGCAGUUCUACAACACUUCGUACCCAAUGUACAUGCAGCAGUACGCCGCUCAACAGCAACAGCAGCAGCGUGCCCAAAUGGGAGCCGUUGCUUCUCCGAUGCACAACUACCAGGACAACAGUCUCCUUGUGCCCGCUUCACCCUACUAUCAACAGCAGCAACAACAACAACAACAGCAGCAGACGCCGCAGCAACAACCCCCACCGAUAAUCCCGCCGACGGUGCUUCCUCCCCAACAACAACACCAACCCGUCGCUCCAAAACCGGCCAACACACUGUUUGAACAGGCUCUGCAAACACCAACCCUGCUCAACACAUGGAACUCGACGUACAAUGCCACCAACCUGCUGCAAACAUCCACACCGACCAACGCCACUCCGCUCGACAAGGUCCCACCGGUAAACGUGGUCAUCACCAACUCGGAUCCCCUCCCCACAAACAUCUCCGUCGGAACGUCCCAGCCAACGUACAGCGUCACGAUUCCACCCCAGCACAUCAAACACAGCGUAAUCAGCAACACCACGCCGGCCGUAACUUCGGUCGUUGCCGCGCCCAUCGCCUCCGGUAUCGAGAACAUCUCGCCCGUUGGUCAGCAGCCGGUCAACACCAAGUUCCCCAUUGCAGCGCCAAAGGUCACAAUGCCGACCAUCACGCCGGGCAUGUUCAGCCAAAGCAUCGCCGCUUCUUCGGCGUUUAACGAUUCUGGAGCUGCUGCCGCCGCCGCCGCCGAUGAGGACGAAGACGACGAUGAUGCGGCGAACGUCUCCGGGGAGUACGACCCGCGACCGGAUUUCAAGCCGAUCAUUGCGCUGCCCGAUGAGGUUGAGGUGAAAACUGGGGAAGAGGACGAGGAGCAGAUCUUCUGUGGCCGGUCGAAGCUGCUGCGCAUGGUUGAUCGAGAGUGGAAGGAACGGGGACUGGGCGAUCUGAAAAUCCUGAAGAGCAAUGCCGACCCCAGCAAGUACCGGAUCGUGAUGCGACGAGAGCAGGUGCACAAGAUUGCGGCCAAUCACACGAUCACACCGGAGCUGAUCAUCAAGCCGAUGGAGAAGAACAACAAGUGCUACACCUGGGCGGCGAUGGACUUUGCCGACGAGGAACCGAAGAAGGAAACGUUCUGCGCGCGCUUUUCAACGCCCGAGUUGGCCAAAGAGUUCUUCGACAAGUUUAACCAGGCAAAGAACGAGGUGGCUCGGCUGAGGAAGCCGGAUUCGAUGCCGGCCCCAGCACCGAUCAAGACGGAAACUCCCAAGUCAAGUGGGUUUAGUUUUAGCACUCCAAAGAGCAGCGAUAGCACUGUGAAACCAGCAUUUGGAACGUUGACCUCCAAACCCGUCUUUGGUGCGUCCACCGUGACGACUACGACGCCAACCAGCAGUGCCGCGCCAACGACCACAUCGACCCCGUUCCAGGGCUUCAGCUUUGCCAACAAUUACGCACCGCCCAAGCUGCAGACACCUGCUGCACCGGAGAAACCCGCGGAACCGGCGGCGGCCUCCAAGCCAAGUCCGUUUGCUUCGUUCACGUUUGGAGCGAGCGUAACCAGCAGCACAGCGGCAGCGGCAGCAGCCCCCGCAGAUUCCACCAGCAACAAGUCGUUCACGGACAUCUUCAGCAGUCUGAACAAGCUGGCGACGCCGCCGUCUAGCACUACGACACCAGUUGCGGCGACGCUGAACACUUCCGGCGCAGGCGCCGGUGAAGACGCCGUGGAAGAGUUUGUUCCGACGGCGGACUUCAAGCCCGUCAUUCCGCUGCCCGACCUGGUCGAGGUGAAAACCGGCGAGGAAGGGUUUGACUGCGUGUACGAACACCGCGCCAAGAUGUUCCGCAUGGACAAGGCGGCCAAGGAGUGGAAGGAACGCGGCCUGGGAAAUAUCCGGAUGUUGGUGAAGAAGGACGACAACAACGUGGCGCGGCUGUUGAUGCGGCGUGAGCAGGUGUUGAAGCUGUGCUGCAACCAGCUGAUCACCAAGGACUUGAAGUUUACCGUUUCGGAAAAGAACACCAACACGCUGACCUGGGUUGGACACGAUUACUCGGAGAACGAGCUGCAGGUGGAGACGUUUGCGAUUCGCUUCAAGACCGCCGACAUUGCGAAGGAUUUCCACAACAUGAUCAAAAAGGUUCAGGCGGCCAUGACCGGUGCCGGUGCCAAGGCUGAGGAACCAAAGAAGAGUGACAAGAAGGCGGAGCCGGCGAAGGGCUUUGGCGAUAUGUUCAAGCCCAAGGCCGGCGCGUGGAACUGCGAGGCGUGCUACGUUUCGAACAAGGGUGACGACCUGUACUGCAUGGCGUGCGGUGGACCGAAAGAUUCGACCGUUCCGAAGAAGGAGUCCAAUCUGUUGGAUACGCUGCCAAAGUCGACCAGCAAGUUCUCCUUCGGAGUGCAAGCUGCCGCCGCGACGGAAGCUCCCAAGUUUAGCUUCGGCGUACCGGCGGUGGCCGCGACUACGACGACUACGGCCGAUUCGACCAAGAAAGCCGAACCCAAAGGAUUCGGUGAUCAGUUCAAGCCCAAGGCCGGUUCGUGGUCGUGCAGUGCGUGCUACAUCAACAACAAGGGAGAGGACCUGUACUGCGUGGCUUGCGAAACUCCCAAGGAUUCCACCGUUCCGAAGAAGGACAGCAAGAGCAACAACAUCCUGGGCGCUGCCGACACUCCCAAGUUUAACUUCACCACUGGAGGUGGCUUCUCCUUCGGCGUGCCGGCCGCUACCAACGCAGCCCCUACCGCUCCCGCCACAACAACCGGAGGUUUCGGUUCGAUAGGCACCACCCCCGGUUCCGGCUUCUCGUUCACACCCACCAAAACACCCGCCGUAAGCACGGUGGCAACAAGCGCAACCUCCACGCCAGCCAAGGCCAGCUUCCAGUUUGAGCUGCCCAAGCCGACCAUGUCGUUCGGAUCGACACUGGCCACGACGACAGCAACGCCCACCGCCACCGAUGACAAAUCCCCGAAGCCGGCCGUGCCGGAAAAGUCCACGUUCGAGUUUGUGUUCAAGCCGAAAUCACCGGGCGGUGGUGGAGUCGGCGGCAAGGCCAAGAGUCCCGGACGCACCAUCAGCGUCGGGUCGGAAGGUGACGGUGGGGAAGAGGGCGCCGAUGAGGAGGGCACGGCCGAGGAGGAGAACAACACCUACUUUACGCCCGUCAUUCCGCUGCCGGAGAAGGUUGAGGUGAAAACCGGCGAGGAGGAAGAGGACGCCCUGUACUCGCAUCGCGCCAAGCUGUUCCGUUUCGUGGACAAGGAGUGGAAGGAGCGUGGAAUCGGCGACGUGAAGAUCCUCAAGCACAAAACCAACGGCAAGCUGCGAGUCGUGAUGCGGCGUGAUCAGGUGUUGAAGAUCUGCCUGAACCACGCGCUGGACGGCGACGUGCAGUACCAGAAGAAGGACGACAAGUCGUGGCAGUUUGUGGUGAACGAUUUCUCCGAGGGCACGUUCGAGGUGAUGAACUUUUCGUUGCGCUUCAAGACGGCGGAAAUUGCCGGCGAGUUCCGCGACGCCGUCGAUCGUGCCCUGGGGGGUGAAGAAUCGGUCAAGACCCCUAGCGGCGGUGGCAAGCUGAACAGUACGCUCGAGUCGACGAUUUCCACCCCGAACAGCAACUUCAACUACUCUCAGCUGAGCGAUAUCUCGCUGGACGACAAGGAGUUGACGACGAAGCUGAAGCUUCCGGAAGGGUUCUUCGACAGUCCGAAGCAGCCGUGCAAGGGCUGCCGAGGCUGCGACCCGGACAGCUUCGUAUUCCCCAGCUAUGGAGCGGCAGUGAACGUGGAACUCGUUGACGACAAGCCGCUUCCGGUGAGCGUUGCUCAGGUGAAGAAGGUGCCGGUCGCGCCCAAGUUGAGCAAAUCGCCGAAAAAGGUUAGCUUCAGCGAGCACACCGAGGAGCAGAAAGUGACGAGCUUGUUCGGGUCGGUAGUGAUGCCCUCGACGACGGAGUCCAAGUCUUCACCGUUCAGCAUCAACAGCUUUGUCGCGGCGGAGAAGCAGUCCAGCACGGGGAACAUCUUUGGGAGUGUGACCAAACCGGCGACGGACCAGGGCACGCCCAAGUCGAUCUUUGGCGGAGGUUUCCUCAGCUCAACCGGAACGGGAUCUCCCGCGAGCGGGUCGAUAUUCUCGUCGUCGCUCAACACCACGCCAAACCCGGUGAUCAAGCCGACUCAGGACGCGUUUAAAUCUCCGCUGCUACAGCCGGCGGCUGCGUUCGGAGCCACAACGGCGUCAACGCCAAGCCUGAACAAAUCCGCCGAAGGUGUGCAGCUGUUCGGUUCCAGCUUCGGCACGAGCACGCCCCCCACCCAGAGCAUAUUCGGGGGAUCACCAGCAGCGACGACCGCCACAGCGAACUCAACGGGCCCGGUGUUUGGAUCAGGUGGCAACAUGGGCUCCAAGUUGUCCUUUGGAUCCGUGCCAGGCUCGGACCAGAAGGUGUUCGGUUCCGGGAUGAGCUUCGCCGAUGCCGCCAAGGGCUUCGAUAAGAAGGUGGUGGAGGGGGUCGAAAAGGUGGAACCUCCCAAGGCGGACAUCCUCGAUAAGGCGGACAGCGGAAUGAGCUUUGCCUCGCUGGCAUCGGGCACGGACGGGGGCUUCCUGUGGAACAAAAAGACGCCGGCCAACAGUGGCUUCGUGGGGCUGACCGUCAAGGAGGACAUCUUCACGCGGAUGGCCAACAAGAGCAAGAACGACAGCGGUGCAGGUGACGGGGAAGAAAAUGACGAAGCUGCUGGCGGUGGCGAUGAGAACUACGAUCCACACUACGAACCCAUCAUCAAGCUGCCCGACGAGAUCGAGGUGCGAACCGGCGAGGAGGACGAGAUGAAGCUGUUUGGCGAGCGGGCCAAGCUCUACCGGUACGACUCGGACGCCAAGGAGUGGAAAGAAAGAGGUGUCGGCGAGCUGAAGAUCCUGCACCACCCGGGCCGUAACAGCUACCGGCUGCUGCUGCGGCGCGAGCAAAUCUUCAAACUCGUGCUCAACCACGCCCUCAACAGCGACCUGCAGAUCACGCCGAUGAACAACUCGGGCAAGGCGUUCGUGUGGGGCGCCAUGAACCACGCCGAGGAGGGACCCCAGCUGGAGAAGUUGGCCGCGCGCUUCAAGAACGAAGAUCUCGCCGCCUCGUUCAAGGCGGUGCUCGAGCAGUGCCAGGAGAAGCUGCGGCAAAAGCCCGACCUCGAACCGGACCAGGACUAAGGACACGAGCGUCGACGUUGUUGGCAGGAGCAACGCGCGCAGCAUAAGUAAGCUCUAGUUUUUUUUCUUAUCUUAUUAUUUUUACUAUAGGUGUAAUUAUAUUACGGUGGUCACGUUAUUGUCUGUGUUUUAUGUAUGUUUUAAAACUGUCGGUUAAUUUACUCUAAAAACCUUUGUUGUGUUUAAUUUGGUCGAACCCUGUUGAAAUUUCGAAACAUGCCAAUUAUUCUUACUUCCUUUCGAUCUGUGGAAGAAAAAUCGAACAGACGCAUUAAAUUGUUGGCUAGAGAGAGAGAGCAAAGUACACCACCCUAUCAAAUACACACCAAUAUACCAAUAUACAUGCCAGCGAGCAACUAGGUGUUAGUUAUCUCCGCGAAAUAAAAAAAAAGAAGAGAAUAAAAAUAAUCUGAAGUGACAAUCAUGCACGGGACGAAAACACACACACCCAAACAAGCGCGCUCGAAGCGAAGCGUGGCCAAGACUGAUUUGUAGCGAAAAAUUACAAUUAAAAAAAAAUAACCAAAAGUUAAUCCCAAAUUCCGGGCAUGCAUUCAAAGUUCUCACUUCAGGUUAGUUUUGCGUGGGAGAAAAA